AUGUCUUCCGGUUUCCGCUUCAUUGUGCUGACUCAAUUGGAAUAUAGCUACGGGGCCAUCCGCAGCAUUCGAAAACCGUUGCCCGAAUCACCUCACCAUGGGAAUAUCUCGACGAGUGAGUGCUUCCAAGAGGACGACAUUGACCACGAAGCUUAUCGACUACCGCAGAAGGACAAUGACUUCCUGUCUACUCUCAGCUACAAUACGGCAUCUUUUGCGGCACCGGAACAAACUGCGUGGUGUGGGGAUGAUUGUCAUGGCCCGGAUGCCGGCGGCACGGGCUAUCAUUACACUGGCAUUUUACACAAGACCCCUAAGAUCAAUCUUCCAAAGAAGAUUCUAUUGCCUUCGCCGCCCGUUACCAUCCUUCUUUACGACUGCGGCAAUCCCACCUCGCAGAGCGAUUUCUACCCUUGCCGGAAAGUUGUGCCGCCGCCUCCGCAGAGCAGGGAUUGCAACGCUGCAUUUGAAAGCGGUCUCCUCAGGCCUUUCGGGCUCGGUGUUCAUCUCCAUGAAGCUGAGCAAACAUGGGCUCAGGAGGCGUUGAAAUACCAAAUCGUCAAGCAUACUCGAGCGGAACGACAAGCAGGCUAG